GUACAGUGUGACAAAAAUAAUGUUAGAUUGAUGUGUGCAUGCCCAGUAGCUAGAGCUGUAUUCCUUCUAGCCUUAACCGAGCUGCUGUUCAACACGACAGUUCAGAGGAAGAAAAAGACAGAUGUACAAACACUGAGAACCGAGUCAUUGACAGAAGAUGGAGUCAGAACACAAUCUGGAAACACCAGAUGAGAGACAGAACAGAAAUACAUUUUACAGUUGCUGUUGCUGUUACAAUGCAACACAAAUCAACGCAGAUGCUCAGAGAAAGAAGAGAAACAGAGACAAACAAGUACAUUAUACUCCAGUCCAGAUGAGAGAUGCCCCGACUGAAGUCAAUGUUGAUAUGAAAGCUGAAACAGGUGCAAGUGUUAAUGCUCCUGUACUGACUGCAAACACCUUCACAGGACCAGUAACCAUUUAUGCCCCAAAUGCUGCAGGAAAUGAUCAACAGAAAUCCUCAGAGACAGAGGUAAAUCAACAAGAGGUAUUGAAGCUGCACAAAUUCUUGGAAACUCACAAAUCCUACAUGAGGAGGAAAACAGAACAUAUUUUUGAGGGCAAUAAAGAAGAUGAAACAGAUCUUAACGCUGUUUACACAGAACUGUUCAUCACAGAGGGCGAUAUGAAAGAUGUCAAUCAGGAACAUGAGAGUCUGAAGAUUGAUGAUGUUUUCAAGAACAAAAAAACACUGGGCAAACCAAUCAAAUGCAAUGAUAUAUUUACUGAACUGACAGCAAACAAUGAGAAAAAGAUUGUGCUGACUAAAGGCAUCGCUGGCAUUGGAAAAACUGUCUCUGUGCACAAGUUCAUCCUGGACUGGGCAGAAGGAGAAGCCAAUCAGGAUAUACACUGUGUUUUCCUGCUUCCAUUCAGAGAGAUGAACUUAAUGACAGAUGAAGAUUUCAGUCUUCACGAACUUCUGCUUGAAUUUUAUCCUGAACUGAAGAACCUGGAGAAAUCAAAGUUAUAUGAGAAAUAUAAGCUUGUGUUUAUAUUUGAUGGACUUGAUGAGAGUCGUCUGCCUCUGAAUUUUAAAAGUAGGUCUCUAAACACUAUUGAGAAAAAAGCAUCUGUAGAUGUGCUGUUUACAAGUCUGGUCAAAGGGGAUCUGCUUCCAUCAUCUCUUGUGUGGGUGACAUCACGACCAGCAGCAGCCAAUCAGAUCCCUCCUCGCUAUGUGGGUUUGUUCACAGAGGUGCGAGGAUUCACUGACCAACAGAAGGAGGAGUACUUUAGAAAGAGAAUCACAAAUGAGAAUCUGUCCUCCAAAAUCAUUUCACACAUUAAGACAUCUCGUAGUCUCUACAUCAUGUGCCACAUUCCUGUGUUCUGCUGGAUCACGGCCACAGUACUUCAGGAUAUUCUCAUUGAGAACAAUGCAGAGAACAUCAGCACAACACUGACUGAAAUGUACAUUCACUUCCUGCUGAUACAGAUGAAUAUGAAAAACCAGAAGUAUGAUGUAAAAGAAGAAAGAGAAUGUACAGAGCAUUUGCAAUUAAAUAAAGAGAUGAUUUUGAAGUUAGCCAAGUUAGCAUUUGAACAACUAAAGCAGGAAAACAUUGUGUUCUAUAAGGAAGAUCUAAAAGCAUGUGAUAUUGAUGUGAGUAAAGACAUUGAGUUCACAGGAAUGAUUGCUGAGAUCUUCAAAAGGGAACACAGACUUCAUGGAGCAAAAGUCUUCUCCUUUGUGCAUCUGAGUGUUCAAGAGUUUCUCGCUGCAGUGCAUGUGUUUGUCUGCUACCUGAACAAGAACAUGCAGGAUUUUCAGUUUUUCUUUGACAAGCCAGAAGAAAAUAUUACAUUACAGAAUUUACUGCAGAAUGCUGUUGAUAAGGCUGUGGAGAGUCAGAGAGGACAUCUGGACCUGUUCCUGCGCUUUCUGAUGGGCAUUUCACUGAAAUCCAGUCAAGACCUGCUCACAGGCCUGAUCACACACACUGAAGACACCACAAAGAGCAUCACAAAAACAACUGAAUACAUCAAACAAAAACAAAAUAAGUAUGACGUCUCAGAUGAAGCUUCAGUCAACCUAUUCUACUGCUUACUUGAGCUCAAAGAUCAUUCAUUAUAUGAGGAAAUCCAGAGUUACCUCAGCUCAGAUGAACAUCCAGGAAGAAACCUCUCAUCUUCAAUGUGCACAGUGCUGACAUACGUACUGCUCAUGUCAGAGAAGGUGCUGGAUGAGUUCAACCCAAAGAGGUUGACAUUGUCAUCUUUAAACUACAAGAGACUCAUCCCAGCUGUGAGAUGCUGCAGAAAAGCACUGCUGUGUCGGUGUGAUCUCACUGCUCAGUCCUGUGAAAGUUUGUCUUCAGCUCUACAGUCAUCAAACUCUGUCCUGAGAGAGCUGGAUCUGAGUAACAAUGACCUGCAGGAUCAUGGAGUGAAGCUUCUUUCUGAUGGACUGAAGAGUCCAAACUCUAAGCUGGAGAUAUUGAGAUUGUCCAUAUGUAAUCUCACUGCUCAGUCUUGUGGGAGUUUGUCAUCAGCUUUACAAUCAUCAAACUCUGUCCUGAGAGAGCUGGAUCUGAGUAACAAUGACCUGCAUGAUCCUGGAGUGAAACUUUUUUCUGAAGGACUGAAGAGUCCAAACUGUCAGCUGGAGAUACUGAGGUUUUCCAUGUGUAAUCUUACUGCUCAGUCCUGUGAAAGUUUAUCUUCAGCUUUACAGUCAUCAAACUUAGUUCUAAGAGAGCUGGAUCUGAGUAACAAUGACCUGCAGGAUUCUGGAGUGAUACUUCUUUCUGAAGGACUGAAGAGUCCAAACUGUCAGCUGGAGAUACUGAGGUUGUCUGGCUGUAUGGUGACAGAGAAAGGCUGUCAUUAUGUGUCUUCAGCUCUGAGUGCAAACCCCUCACACCUGAGAGAGCUGGAUCUGAGCUACAAUCACCCAGGAGAUUCAGGAGUUAAGCUGCUUAAGGAUUUAAAACUUAAGGAUCCAAACUGUUCACUGGACAAACUCAGUGUGGAUCAUGGAGGAGAAUCCAGGAUUACAGCAGGACUGAAAAAAUAUGCCUGUUUUCUCACCAUGGAUCCAAACACAGCAAACACUAAACUCAGACUGUCUGAGGAGAACAGAAAGGUGACACAUGUGAAGAAGUAUAAGUCGUAUCCUGAUCAUCCAGACAGAUUUGAUGUGUGGCAGGUGUUGUGUAGAGAGAGUGUGUGUGGACGCUGUUACUGGGAGAUUGAGUGGAGAGGACGUGUGCAUAUAUCAGUGUCAUAUAAGAGCAUCAGCAGGAAGGGACAGGGUGAUGAGUGUAUGUUUGGAUCUAAUGAUCAGUCCUGGAGUUUGUACUGCUCUGGCGGCAGAUUCACAUUCACACACAAUAACAUACAGACUGUUGUCCAUGUGUAUCCCAUCAUCAGUAGAAUAAAACUGUAUGAAGUUGAUGAUAAUAUCAGGAGAAUAGGAGUGUAUGUGGAUGUGAGUGCAGGAACUCUGUCCUUCUACUACGUCUCCAGAAACACAGUGAGUCUCCUCCACAAGGAACAGAUCACAUUCACUCAGACGCUCUAUCCUGGGUUUUAUGUUCAUUAUGAAUCAUCAGUGAAACUGUGCUGAUGAGAAUAGAGUGACGAGAGAUUGUACCCAUAAUACUUUGAGCUGCUGAUGAAUCAGUGAGAUGUUCUGGAGUCUCUUCAUGACACUCAGCUCAACUUCUGUCACUCAAAUAACAGUCAGAAUAAAUCUGUGUCAGAAAUCCUUGUAUAGACAGUAAGAUCAGUGUGUGUGAGUCUAUAUUUGUGUUUUUAUUGUCGUGUCUCAUCAGUCAUUCGUUUUAUUAGUGUUAAAAUUGUAAAAAUGUCACAAUCUUGAUGAAGAUCAUCUCGUUCAUUUCUCUUGUUUUUGUGCAGCAAUAAUAA